GGCCAUGGGAGUUUACGUGACCCUGGAUAAGGACACAAUGAACCCCUACCUGAGAGUGUCAGAAGAUGGCAGAUCAGUGUGGUGGACAGAUCAGCGCCAGAAUCUCCCUGACAAUCCUGAGCGGUUUGAUGAAUACCCCUGUGUGCUGGGCAACAGGUUACCAGCAGGGAGGAGGCGUGGGUGUUACUGGGAGGUGGAGGUUGGAAACAAGAAGUCCUGGGAGCUGGGAGUGGCCCGAGACAUAGUGAACAGGAAGGGGCAACUGUGUUUGAGCCCUGCAGCUGGGUUUUGGGUCCUGAGUCUUUGGGAUGGGAAGCUGACGGCCCUGACUGACCCAGAUACAACCCCACUGGUCACAGACAUUCUCACAAGAGUGGGGAUCUGUAUAGACUAUGAGGAAAAGAAAGUUUCCUUCUACAAUGCUGUAGGUGGCGCCGACAUCUAUACUUUUGAUGAAAAAAUAGACAGGAAUGUUCGCCCGUUCUUCUCUCCUGGCAAUAACGAAAAGGAUCCCCUUUGCAUUAUAUAGUUUUCAAGGAAAUGAAUCUACUGCAGGGAAAAUGAAUACAGCAUCUUCCCUAGGAAUACUGACAUACUGUGCCCCCCAGAAUUAUCCACACUCCUGGUGAAACAGAUAGAUAUACUGUAACAGAAUGAGUUAUUGUCAUCCAGAUUGCAAUAUGUGUUUAAAAUACUUCUAUAUUGGAUAUAGUUAUAACACAAUUUCAAAGAGA